AUGCUGCCUUCCUCCCGGACCCAGCUGGGGCUCUUCUUCAUCCUCCUCUGCCCCGCUAACAUCAUCGGGCUCUGGUGGGCAGUGGGGAGCCCCCUGGUCAUGGACCCCAACAGCAUCUGCCGCAAGACGAAGCGGCUGGCGGGGAAGCAGGCAGAGCUGUGCCAGCUGGAGCCAGAGAUCGUGCAGGAGGUGGCCAAGGGCACCAAGCUGGGCGUCCGGGAGUGCCAGUACCAAUUCCGCUUCCGCCGCUGGAACUGCACCAGCCACAGCAAGUACUUUGGCAAGAUCCUGCAGCAGGAUAUCCGUGAGACAGCCUUCGUGUACGCCAUCACGGCGGCGGGAGUGAGCCACGCCAUCACGCAGGCCUGCAGCAUGGGCGAGCUGCUGCAGUGUGGCUGCGAGCUGACGCGGAGCCGGGCGCCCCCCUCGCCCACGGCAGGGCCGGGCACAGAGGGCACCGCCUGGGAGUGGGGCGGCUGCGGGGAUGAUGUGCAGUUUGGCUACGAGAAAUCCCAGCAGUUCAUGGAUGCCAAGAACAAGAAAGGCAAAAAUGACAUCCGAGCUCUUAUCGACCUGCACAACAACGAAGCCGGGCGCUUGGCAGUGCGCAGCUACAUGAGGACAGAGUGCAAAUGCCACGGGCUCUCGGGCUCCUGCACGCUGCGGACCUGCUGGAGGAAGAUGCCCCAUUUCCGCGAGGUGGGCGAUCGCCUGCUCGAGCGCUUCAACGGGGCCUUCAAGGUGAUGGGAGGCAACGACGGCAAAACCCUCAUCCCUGUGGGCGACAACAUCAAGCCUCCCGAUAAACAGGACCUCAUCUACUCAGCCGACUCGCCUGAUUUCUGCUCGGCUAAUCGUAAGACGGGCUCGCUGGGCACCAGGGGCCGCGUCUGCAACAGCACGGCCAUGGACACGAGCGGCUGCGACCUGCUGUGCUGCGGGAGAGGGCACCGGGACGAGACGGUGGUGCUGGAGGAGAACUGCCUCUGCCGCUUCCACUGGUGCUGCGUGGUGCAGUGCCGCAAGUGCUCCGUCCGCCAGGAGCUCAGCCUCUGCAUCUGACGGCCCGGGGUCAGGCGAGGAC